AUGACCACUAUACGACAAGUGCAUCCGAGUCCGAAUGUAGCCAAGGGUGUUGAAUAUUGGGAGGGGGUUCCCGCGACUGUUGAUGGUGUUUUAGGUGGUUAUGGUAAUGGCACUUUACCUCGAGUGGAUGCUCUUGGUUCACGCACAUUUCUUCUUCGCACCCUCCCUUAUUUGAGUAGCACACCACCACCUGCGCUUAAUGAAUCACCACAGAUGUGGACACAUGAGCGAAUUAGACAGCGCGGUGGCAAAGGGAAGACGGUCACACGUGCACUUGAUUGCGGUGCGGGCGUAGGACGCGUAACUGAACAUGUGCUUUUGCCUCUCGUAGACGAAGUGCACAUGGUUGAACCUGUCUUGAAGUUUCUGCAAGAAGCCAAACGCCGUUCUGCUAGUUGGAAGCCACUGCAGCUUUCUGUUGAACAAUCGCCAUUCUGUGCCCGGAAAGCCGUGUACUUUCACACCUCUACCCUGCAAGAAUUCCGUGUGGCUGACCCCAUGUCUUCCCAAGAUACCCCUCAUCAACGCUCUACAGCUCCACCACCAUCAUACAUGCAAGGUAAGGUGACGGAGCCACCAGUGAAACCUGUUCUGUAUGACAUUGUUCUUUGUCAAUGGUGUUUGCAGCAUUUAUCAGAGGCGGACUUGAUUCUUUUUCUCAAGGAUGCGAAGACCACACUUCGCCCGCCCAGUUCCGGUGGCGAUGCGACUUUCACAUGCGAUGGCGGUGUGAUUUUUGUAAAGGAAAACGUCUGUCGAGACGCCGACGACGGUGGUGAGGCAAGUUGGUACGACUCCGAGGAUUAUUCGGUGACACGCUCGCGUACAUUGUAUGAGCGCAUUUUCCGGGAAGCUGGUCUUUCCGUCGUUCGAUCAGAGGUGCAACUUGGCUUUCCGCCAGAACUAUUUGAUGUACAGAUGUGCGUAACGCAAAAGUGA